GCGCUAAAGUCGAACCCCCCACCAUCGGUAAGAACGCAACCUCCCUUAAUAGAUGUUCAACCUUCCCCGCCCGUGCCCUAUGCCUACCUACUUAUUCCUCUUACUUCCUCUUACUCUUCCUUGUUACUUUAACUUAGUACAUCUCUCUUUCUCCUUCAAGAACUUCAUUCCUAACCGACCACCACAGGGAACAAUAAGUGACACAAAAGUUAAGAACAAUUAAACCAUCACAUCAAGGCUCCACAUCUAUCAUGGCGCCAACUCACCGUCGAGGACCUUGGGUUCCUGAAGAAGACCAGUUGCUUCUUCAGUUGGUUCGCGAACAAGGCCCUAACAACUGGGUCCGCAUCUCACAGCACAUGCAUUAUCGCUCUCCCAAGCAAUGCCGGGAACGAUUCCACCAGAACCUCAAACCAUCCCUGAACCGUGAGCCCAUUUCCGCGGAGGAGGGUCUCAUGAUUGAACGGAUGGUGAACGAAAUGGGCAAGCGGUGGGCCGAAAUUGCCCGACGACUCGGGAAUCGCAGCGACAACGCAGUGAAGAACUGGUGGAACGGCAGUAUGAACCGCAAGAGGAGAGGCCUCCCCACGUCCAGCACCACUCACAUCUCGCGAACUUUUAAUGGCCGAGUUGAGGCCCCAUAUACACGCGCCUCCGUAUCGUUGAGCAGCCCAGCCAGUCGUUCUCGCUUUACUUCGAUCUCCACCGAUAGACCUCUCACUUCGUGGUCCAGAUCUACGCCUCCUCGGCGGGACUCGACCUCCGCCGCUUCCAUUGACUGCCCUCGCCAAUUGACACCUAUCUAUACUCUUCCUGCGCUCAAUCGCCCGGUAGAGACUCCUUUAACCUCGCCUGCCUAUUCGGACGCUUCGCAUGCGCCAUCUUUGGAGCCACCAUCAAUGGUCUCGGAUCACAACUCCGUUUCUUCCGCAUCGCCUAGGACCGUUUCCUCGCCGCAGCUCUUACCGCUACCAAUCGACACGCGCCAGCAAUAUAGCGAGUUCCGCAAGCAGAGCACCUCGGAUGAUAUUUACUACGCUAGCUAUCAGACUCCCAAGCCGCUGGAGCCUCUGACCGAGCUGCCCUUCAAAUCCAGAUGGGUCUCGGACAACCAACCCUGGAGCCAGCAUUCAGCCCCCUCCCCGCAGGCCUGGCUUGUUGCUCCCGAAGAACGUAAAGCCGAAUCCCCCCGUGAUUCGCGCAUGGGUCUCAGCAACCUACUCAACUAAUGAUGGUUCGCGUUGUGAAACGACCGCACGAUUUAUUCUUUCACUUUUUAAUCUGCUUCACCUGGGAUGUUAUCCUUGAAGCGUUUUAUGUAU